AUGAAUAUUUCAUCGGCCUCAAUCAUAUUUAAUCAACAAGAUACAAAUAGACAGCAUACAAUCUUUUUACGUACUGAAUCAACAUCCUUAGGAAUAUUUGCUACAUGGCAACAUCCAUUCGGUCUUUAUUCCAUUGCCUCAAAUAAUCAAAUAGUGACUAGUUCAUACGAUGUCGGCAUUGAAACAGCGUAUUUGAGUGAAGGUUUUCUUAUCGGUUUCUAUCAGCUAUCUCCCUAUUGGCAUACGAAUGAUGUUAACUAUGCUGAAAGACAAGCCUAUGUCAAUGCAACAUCGUUCUUUUUUACUAUAUCACCACAUAAUUAUUCACUCAAACAUGUUGUCGGAUGGGAUAAUAACGACUAUCAAAUUGAUAUAUCGACUGAGCACGGUAUUGAAGAGUAUAAACGUUUGAUCAAUCGAUGUGCACAAUUGGGUAUUACAAGCAUUACUUUUGCACCAUCGAACUCCAAUGUGUCACGACGUGACCAGGGAACGGACGAUUGGGGAUGGGAAAGUGUGUUGUGGAUGAGUUUAGGUGAAAAAAUUCGAUUAGAGCAAUGGAAACCUUAUCGUGAUCCAAUACCACCAACAAUUCAAUAUCUAUUAGAUUAUGCGGCAAUAAAACAAGUCAAAUUAGUACCAUAUGUUUAUCCACCCUUAGGUUACCGACUGAAAGGACAAGAUCAAGCAUGGUUGGUUGAAAACCCACAUUGUCGAAAUCUGUGUGCGUCUCUAGCCAGUAUAGAAUUUCAACGUUAUUUUCUGCAAUUAUUGAUUGAUUUUGCACAAGUUACAGGUAAUUCGAGUUAUUGA